AUGCAAUCUAUCGACCAAGCUCGCGAAGUGAGAUAUGCAAUGCAUAAUAUUCAGUGGCCAGCAGCUAAUCCUAAAACGCUUUCCGUACAAUUCGAUACCAAAGAGAAUAUGGAGCGACAUCGCAAUGGAUUGAGCUCCUCAGCUUCAUCUGCUACUCCUGCGCCUGCUACUCGCAGUGAAAGAAAACACUCAGAUCGUGAAAGACCGGUAGAGGCAGCGAUGCGUGAAAAUGAAAAACGUGAGGAACACAAAGAGAAGGAAAGAAGAGAACGAGCAAAGGCUGAGAAAGAUGUUGAAAUGAAAACAGAGAAAGAUGAAAAGAAAGAGAAGCCAAAGGAAGAACGACAUCACGACGAUAAACAUUCCGUAGUGAGUGAGACAUCUUUGAAGAAAGACGAGCACGACAGAAAGCGUCACCGCUCUGAAACCCCACCCUUCAGCAGAGCAGCGAUAGAAAAGAAAGAACGACGCGAUUCAUACCAGAGGCAUGAUCGUGAGCACGAUCGUGAACGUGAACGAGAUCGUUAUGACCGAAGACGUGAUGAUGAUCGAAUUAGACAUCGUGACGAGCGUGAAGAAGAAAAGGAAAGAGAAGAAAAACCUGUAAAAACUGCUGAUUCACUAUUUAUGAAGACGAAGACGUUACCAGCUAUAUAUUUCUUGCCGUUAACGGACGAGGAGAGGGAAUUUUUUUAG